AUGGAUUGUGAGCUAUUUCGAAAUGCAUGUAACAGAAGUAGCAAGGAGCGUGACACCAAUAGCUCCAUACCCAUGGUUAUGAUGAAUAAUAAUAUACUAAUCGACUCCGCCAGACCAAAAGUUUUACCCGGAGAAGAGUCUGAGCGAUCAUCUGAUGACAACGCUUGUCUGAGUCAAAAGUAUAAACAUAAUUAUGAAAAUAAAUGUGUGAAGUGCCACAAAACAAUAACUGAAUUCGGUCAACGAACAUCUGGUUCCAAAUGUCAUUUAUGCAACAUCCAGGAAUUUGUUGGAUGUGGUGCACGUCACGAUUACGAACCAGCAGACGGUGAUAGUGGUGAUCGGGAAUCAUUAUCCCCAAAUGAAAACCAAAAUACGGGACCCAUGUUAUGGGCCCGAAACUUAAAUAGCUUAUUGACUGAUCCUGAAGGAGUUAAUCUUUUUCGACAACAUUUAAAGCUAGAAGAAGAAUCCGGACAAGGACAACAAUGCAGCAAGGUGCUCGAGUUUUGGUUAGCUUGUCAGGGGCUCUAUGGUCAUACAGAUCAAAAAGCAGACAAGCUACGUUUAAUCAUUUACAAAAAACUGUUCCUAAAAGCAGAUUUAGGUGUAGAUGAAGAAUCUAGGAGAGAUGUUAUACAAAGGGUUAAAAAAUCUAAUAUUGACAAAACAUCUCUUCCUAAGAAUCUGUUUGACAAAGCCCUGGUACAAGUGGAAAACUUUCUAAAUGAUACUUUGUAUCCGGCAUUUCUACAAUCUGAUACCUACAUUACUUUUAUUCGGUCUCUAGAUUGUGGCAUUGACUUUUAUGAUGGUAAAGUAGUGAACCACAUACCAGACACAGAAGAAAAAGUAGUGCCUUCUAGGUAUCAAGCACCACCAGAUCGCAAUCAAACUUUGAUGACUCUUAAAGAAGAUGCUGAAUUAUCUAACCAUGACCUAAAGCAAUCCAAAGACUUUCCUAUGAAGUUGACUCAAUCACUUUUGGAAAUGUCUCAAAAACAAAGGUCUCAUUUGGAAAAAGGAGAGUUUCUUCAAAGAGCAAAGACUUCAAAAAUGGGCAUCUACAACCCAAAUCCCAGUACUCCUUAUCACCAAUCUUGGUGGGGUACAAAACCUAGAGCUACGCACGUAUCUUACAACCCAAAUUCAGCCCAAGAUAGUGAUCUAGCUAGUCUGAGUGAAGCAUCCGUAUCUACUGAUUGUUUAAGAAGGCAAUUGGCUGAGAUUCGUGAUCCAAAAAUUAUAGCCAAGAAAACUGCUCAACUAGAAAUGAAAGAAGUACAGAAGUAUGCUCGUAGAAAUGUUGAGGGCUCAAUGACCACUACCAUUAUUCCUCGGACCAUGAGAGAACCUCAAUGCAAUAAACCAGCAAUGGAGCCAAAAAAGUUUGCAUCCAUACUAACUGAAAAAUUAGAAAAAAUAAAACAAGAACGUGAUGUAGAGGAAAAAAGAGAUACUAAAUUGAUCAAAACUCUUUCAGAGCUUAAAUUUGACAGUGAAUCUGGCAAAAUUGACGAUCCCAAAAUGUUAGAUGAAAUGUUUCGGGCAUCAUUAAAACUACCUGAUGGUAGUGAUGAUGAAAUAUUAGAUCAACAUGUACAAAAAUACUUUAAAUCACCUCCUAAAUCACCUGAACACUCGUUACAUAGGCGACAGGGGUCAGGCAAAGUCAAUCGACCUGUUCAACAAUUAGCCAGUAGUUAUCUGGCUGCAGCUAAUCCUAAUUUGUGCAAACGCAGAGAUAAAGAUAAUAGAGCAUCUGGUUAUGAUAGUGGCAAUUACACAGACUUCACAGCAGAUAGUUCUGAACCUGGCCGACAUGUGCCUAAAAGUCGGUCAAUACCAGACUAUCAAAAUGCUGUUCCAAACCCAGAACUUCGAGUGUCAAGUUUAGGACGUCAUACAUGGGGCAGUCGGCGUACAAUGACAGAUAGUGGAAUCAGUGUUGUAUCAGGUCAAUCACAGUUACCAACUAAUGUCAACAAGAUGAGAGAAGACCGGUCUACUAAUCGAUGUAUGGUAUGGCUUCAAGAAAGCCCUAUGUGCGCUGGUGAUGCACUUGCUGAUCCCGGUCCAGCUUUUAGCUGGUGUACAGCAUCGACUAAUUCUACAGCUGUAAAAGCUUCUUCCCUUGAUUGUGGAAGUAGUGGCUCCUGGACAAAUCACAUGCCUAAGCAGCCAUUUGUUGCUGACCCCAAUAUGCCACCACCACCUUUCCCCAAUACUGACAAUCAGUUAAUUGAAGCUGGUCGCAGACUUAACGACCAGGUGGCGAAAAAGAAUCACAAACAGAGAACUUCUUCUUCAUCAUCUGGCCGUGGACUUCCUGCAGAAGAAUUGGCACCAUCAACAUCUAAUAUAAUCACCGCUUCACCUACCACUACCACUGUUGUUUAUAAUUUUAAUGAUGAAGAAUUUCCAUUCAGAAAGAAAAUCGCUGGACAUCCAAUCACAUUGAAACAAUUCAUUGAAUGUAUGCCAAAGAAAGGACAUUACAGAUAUUUUUUCACUACUGAAUUUGAUGAAUCUCCAUCAACUGGCAUCCAAGAAGAAAUCACGGACGACAAUCAAGUGUUACCACUAUGGAAGGGCAAAGUUAUGGCAAGCUUGAGACUUAUCGACUGAUUGAACAAUUAUUAAAUUUAAUUUAUUAUAUUUUUUAUUAAGUGCCUAGUUUAAAAAACAAAUUACUUAUAUAAUAC